AUCUAGCGUUGGAUCAGAAACGACAAUUUCUGUGAUCGACAACUUUUAGCGAUCAGGAAGUAUAUCUACCCAGAUAUUCAUUUAUGAUUGACAGACAAAAAUUGUGCUACGUGGUGACAAACAUAAUCUGCUAUGAGGAAUGUGUGGAUCUCAUGUAUUACUGUUCACUGUGUUGUGGACAACCUGACAUUAAACACAAGGUGAGUGACUACAUGUGAUUAGUUCUGUGACAUUUUCAAAUAUAUUUUACACUAUGAUUACCAACACAGGAAAUGCGGAACUAAUGCUGCUUACAACAGGAUUAAGUGAACAAUACAGAAUUUUUUCCCGACUGUGGAAAUGAUUUUGUGAUUGAAUAGACAACAGACAUUCUAAUAUUCAAAGAGAUAACAGAUUCAAAAUGGCUACGUCCGAAUCCAAAGGACAGAUUCCUUUCCGUUCCACAGGUCAAACUACAUGUAUUCAUCACAAGGGCAGACAACUUGACCUUUACUGCGAAAAAUGCCAAGAACCAGCUUGUACCAAAUGCCUGUCUACUGUACAUAGGAGUCAUACAGUUUGCGACCUUAGUGAAAUUACUCCCCAAAAGAAAGAAGACAUUCAAAAAUUCGUAGACAACACUGAGAAUGUUGACCUUGUACAAAUUAACCAACUCAUCAUCUCUACUGACACGCAACUAAAGGACAAUGUCAGUCAUUUUGAAAAGCUUUCACACCAGUUGAGGAUACAAACAAAUAAAAUAAAAGAAGAUCUUGACCAGUUAACAGAUCGGAGCCUGUCUCUCUUUCAACAAAUGGAGCAGGAUAACAACAAGUUACUACAAACCUACAAACAGGACCUCGAAAUAUACAGCACUCGGCUAAAACAACAAGUGCAAGAAUGUAAGAUAGCCCUUCAGCGUGGCUCUGACAUACAAAUCUACGACACAGAAUGCGAAAUGCAAUCUUCAGUCACUCACCCUGUAAAACCUGAUCUGAGUAAAGCUAGCUUUACUCCAAACAAAAAUCCUCAAGGUUACAUGGAGCAAGCUUUGGGAGAGGUAAACACCUCAUAUGAAGGUCAGGGUCAAGCCUUGCUAGAUCAUGAUCUGGCGGUUCGAUCAGCUGAUAUACAAUGCUUAUCCCCUACACAAGAGACGACAGAAAGCAACGGAAGGACAUCCUCUACUAAAGAGCAGACAGAACGAAAGAUUAAGAUAUCACCUACGCAACGAAAGUCCACAAGAAAAAAGGACGUGACCAGUCUGUCGCCUCAGACAAAGGUGUUGGGGGAGUGGACGCCUUCAUGUUGUAUAUCGUCUGUAUGUCCCACCACUGACGGGCAGGUAUGGAUUAGUGAUGGUAUCACCUUAACUCUAUCGAAAAUGAAAGGCGAAGUAAUACAGGAGGUUCAACACAAUGCUGCGAUCAGAGACAUAAGUCUGUCACCAACAACCACCACACUGUGGGUCUGUGACUGCAAAAACAAGAUCACAGAGCUCGUGUCAGGACGACUAGUACACAGAUUCAGUACCAGGGAGUUAUCACAGUGUAUCUGUAUUACAGCUAGUAACCAUGUAAUUGUGGGGAUGGCCAAGCACAUCUCAAAAUUCUCAACAAAAGGUGUAUUGGUGCAUAAUUCAUUAGCUGAAGGGGCUGGAAUGCCAUUAGUAUGUACACCACACAGUAUAUCAGAGUGUCCUCUCACCAACAAUGUCGCAGUGACUUACCGGGAUAGUAUACAUGAUGUUGGUGAAGGGAAAUCAUAUGUUGUUGUCAUGGACACAUAUUUCAAGAAACUUUUUGUAUAUGAUGGUGAAGUCCCACAUACACGUCAACCAACAUCACAGUCAGGAUGUGCACCAUUUAACCCCCGGGGUGUGGUGUAUGAUAGUGUGGGUAACCUAGUCAUAGGGGACUGUAACAACAACCGUAUCCUACUCAUAUGUGGGCGUGGUGAGUUCAUCAGGAUCAUACACACAGAUGACUACUGGACACAGGCUGUUGGUGUAGACAGGGAGGAUGUCCUAUGGGCUGUGUUUGGGCUUAACAAUGUCAAACUACUACAGUACAACAGUGCGCUGGACAAAAAACGAUGCAUUAUCUUGUAACAAUGCCACGGGAACUGCAUGUGAGGAUAAUACAAAGCUGACUCGAACUGCAACCCCGGAUAUAUAUCAUGGACCUGCAGAGUGAUGCAUUUUAACAGACAUUAUUUAUCGAAUUUGUUGGAAAUUGUUAAUGUUUAAAACAUUAUACCAGAUAUUGGAAAUUCAAACCAUAAACAAAAAUACUCAACAUUAGACAUUGUCUGACUUUUCCCCCCGAGACCAUGUUCUCAAUAUUCACAGGUAAAUGUCUAUGUUAGCUAAAAUAUAUAUGAAAAUAAA